AAAUGUCUAAUCCAACAACAAAAAAUUAUGAAAUUAGACCACGUUUUCUAAUACAAUGAUUCCCCAAUUGAUGGAAAAGCAACGUCAUUAAAUCGGAAAUUCAACUAAGUGGGGGCAUUAGUGCUUAAUUAGAUGCCAAGUAUUACCCUUUUAUUUUCCAGGAGAAAAUCUAACCAAACAAGGAGGUGUAAAUCAAAACAAAAUUAACAUCAAUUUCUCUCAUUUUCAUGUAAUUUCAACUGUACCCACUAAUUAUUUUUAACUGAAAAUGUUUAAAAGUUAAGUCAUUGAUCUGGGUCAAAGAGAUGAUUGGAUGUGUCUAAGGUGUUCGACGAUAUGCCUAAGUGAAAUGAGGUUUUUUUAUUUGUUGUGUUGGAUGAUAGGGAGCAUAAGAAUUAAAGAAAAUUUGUUUUAUCUAUGGAAUUUCAAUUUUUUAAUGCACCCAGAAAGUCCCGAACAUUGAUGGGCUUGAUCUAUGUUGGAAUUUUGCAAUUUACAGGAAUUUGUUUUGUUUAAGUGUUACAACUAACAAGAAAAAGAAUGAAUUUUGUAGACUCUAGAUUGGAGAAGAUGUUAGAGAUAGUUUUGUGAAAAGUGUAGGAAAAGGUAAUGAAAUGCUAGUUUAAGAUCUUAAACUCAGCCUGUGAGUGCCAGUCCUAAGCCCUGAUAAAGAAGUAGGAUGAGCAAUAGGUUCGUGACAAUCAACUCGGUAAAACUUGGUUAGAUCCCAAUGUCCCAUGAUCAUGACCAAAAACUCUAUUAGUUUAUUUAGUUGACCCAAUCUUUUGGGAGUCAUAGUAAGCUCUUUAACGAGUUGAGUUGAGCUCGAAUUACUUGUGAUUAGAAUAUCAGCAACAUUGAUAUAGUAGUUAAUGAUGGUCAUAAGCUGGUGUAAGUUUUCAAGCAGGUUAAUCAUUAAGCAGAUAUAAUCAGAUUCCUAUGUUGUGAUUGUAUUUGUAUUAUAUAUGCUUCUUUAAGUUCAUUGAUAUGAGACAUUGCUUUUAGAAAGAAUUUUAAAUUCAUGUCGGUGAUAAUGCUCCCCAUAUUGUUGGAAUUGAGGUUUUGUUAUUGCUGUUGUAAUGCAAUGCAGAGACAUGACAUUACUAAUUUUCCUUUGGAUUUACAUCAUCAGCUUUAAGAUGGAAAUGGUAGCAAUGAUUUCCAUUUUGAGAUUUUGGCUUGAUGGAGUAAUAGUAAAUUUCAACAUUGUUACACUAAAAAAGGUAACCUUUUAGAUGAUUUUGCUAUGAACUGGCCAUUAUUAUCUAUUCCAUUGCAUUACUCCAAUGCCUAUGUUCGGAUGUAUGCAACCUUACCCUUGUUAAUGGUAAAACUAGCAAAGAGAUUGUUUUCGAUUAACCCAAGGUAGCAACUAGCAAAAUCAUGCAGCUUUACAUAAAUAAAAAGUGCGCAUAAUAUGAGCCAUUUUACUUUAGUCCAUUAUAAUCCGAAACAAAAAAUUAUAAAUCUUUGGCCUCAUCUAAAUAAUGAACAUCUUGCUAUGAACUGGCCGAUGAAUAUAAUUUGGGGACAUUUGUUUCUCUGUGAUUAAUUUGUUUUUCUGGAUUUAUACUGGUUCUCCUAGUUAAGAAGCUUCCAUGUAAAAUUUGCAACUUCAUGAAAAAUGAGAUUGGGUUUGACUUUGGAGAGCCCUGGAUUCUUCUUUUCACUUCAGUGUAGUUUUUUUGUUAAGAAGAUAUAGAAUUACAUCAAAUACAUAAUUUAUUCUAGGAUAUGUUUAAUGAACCAACUCAAGCAAAAGUUUAAGCUGAUUUAUGUAGCCAGGAUAUGUUACAAUAUGCACAACUUAAUGGUAGGUGGGUGGAGAGUUUGGAGAGUAGUGGGGCCUCUUCCUGCUCAUUACAUUGUGCUGUGGCAUUGUGCCUAGGAUGUCAGCCCUGGUUGUUGAAGCUUAUCUGAUCUUAUGUUGCAAUCAAAUGCUAUAUAUUAUAUAGUUCAUGAUUCAUGAAAUUAAUUUUGAAUUGUAAGCGUGUACUAGGCAAUGUUUUCUCAUUUUACAGCAUGUCACCAGCACAGAUUUUUUAUUAUGAUUGGACGAUCCAUGCUUGUAAUAUAAUUAACUUCAUUUUCUCUACAUAUUUAUGCAUUGUAUAUUAUAGUAUUGCCCAAAUCAUUACCAUUUGUCCCUUUGUAUUUUUCCUUUUGAAUGUGCUACAUUGUGACUUACGUGAGAGCUUUUUAACCCCAAUGUAGCAAAUUCAAAGGGAUGAACGAGUUUCUAUUCUUACCUCUUCUAUUUGUAAUUAGUCAUUUCAAUGUUAAUCUGCAUAUGUGACCUUACAUGGAAAGAAUAAAGUCCUUAAAAAUAAUAUUUUCAGUGAAUGUCAUAAUGUACUGAUGAAGAAACAAUGUUAAAAAUUUUUGUUAUCCAUAAUCCUCUAUACUGGGAUAAAAACCGUAAUUAGACUAAUUUAAAAUUCACAUCGGAUAUCCCUUAGUCUAUGCUGGGAUGAAGCUGUUCAAGCAGAUGUAGCUUGCAGGACUUUACCUACAUUAUCUGCUCAUUUUCUGUUUUACCUUCUUAUUGAUGAUAUUGCUAAAUCAGCUAUUUCGUAAGGGAAUAAAAUAGUGUAUGAUUAACUGCUUGUUGAGACUUAAAAAAUAUAUUUCCCUAUCAGAAGUCUGUGGGAGAAAAAUGAUCAUCAUAUCUUGGCUACCAUUUCAUUUCCCUUUCACAGAUUUCGAGAUUAUAAUAUCCGGAAUGGUUUGACUUUCUGUUGAUGGAAUAUAGCCAAGAGGUUCACACAAUAGAAUCAUUAACAGUUAUGCUGCUAUAGUGGUCACCCUCACCUAGAACAUACUGCCGGCCUGCUUCACUUUGUUGAAGAAUAUCUUAUUUGCACUGGAAAUUAUUAACUUACCAAACACCAUUGUUUUAUUGAUUACUUAUAGAAGCUUUGCAAGUAGAUAAAUGUUGAAAGAUACAAAAUACGUAUUGCUCUAGGAAGUGCAGAAAUGAGAGACCAAUGUACGGGCCUUCGUUUCCCUUCUACGUCUAAGUUACACUUUUUGUUGUUUGUUCUUCUUCCUGCACUAGGAUUGGUUCAUUCAAAGUGUGUCCUGUUCAAUUUUGGUGAUUCAAACACUGACCCUGGAGGUUUAAUUGCUGGUCUUGGCCUUCUUCUAGGCCCUCCGACUGGUCAGCAGUUCUUCCAUAGACCUACUGGUCGCUUCUGUAAUGGCCGACUAUACAUUGAUUUCAUUUGUCAAAGCUUGGAGAUAGAUCUUCUGAGUGCAUACUUGGAGUCUUCUGGUUCAGAUUUUACUUAUGGUGUGAACUUUGCUGUAUCUAGUGCCUCAACUGCAAACAGUGACGGCAGACCUUUCGCAUUGUCCACUCAGACAGGACAAUUCCGUCACUUCCAGAUUCGCACAAGAGAGCUUAGGAAACAUGGUGAGGGAUCAAUGAUAAGUGAAAAGAAGUUUAGUAACGCGGUCUAUUCGAUAGACAUUGGGCAAAAUGAUAUCACACUUGCUCUUGGUACGAACCUAAGUUAUCAAUAUGUUGUUAACCAGAUCCCAUCUAUAAUGGAGAGGAUUGAAGAAUCUAUAAAAGGACUAUAUGUCCAUGGCGCAAGAAAGUUAUGGAUAUACAACACCGGACCACUAGGCUGUUUGCCACAAACUCUAGCUUUGCAUAAGAAGGAUGACAGUGAACUUGAUGAAAUCGGGUGUCUGGCACUAUAUAACAAUGCUUCAAAAGCUUUCAAUGAAGGGUUGAGAAACCUCUGUGAUAAAAUAAGAUCUGAACUCCAGGAUGCUAUUAUCGUGCACAUUGAUAUGUAUGCUAUCAGAUAUGAUCUAUUUGCCAAUCCAUGGAAAUAUGGCUUUGAGAAUCCAUUCAUGGCUUGCUGCGGCUUAGGAGGACCUCCAUAUAACUACGUAGAUAAUAAGGCUUGCGGUAGAUCACCUUCUGUAACUUCAUGUUCUGAUCCUUCUCGGUCUGUGACGUGGGAUGGAGUUCAUUAUUCCGAAGCAGCCAAUGCUGUAAUUGCAUCCAAGAUAUUGUCAGGCGAGUACUCUAAUCCGUUUAUUACGUUGAAAAAUUUCUGCAGAGAGGAAUAUUUUUACUUUUCUUUGCUGAGUAAAUCAAAUAUUGCAUUGGAAAAGGAGUACAUCAUAACCUUUACCGCAAUCGGAGCCAUAUUUUUGCACUAUGGUUGCAACAAUGGCCAUUGCAUACUGAUCAUAAGUAUGUAUGAAUUAGACAUAUACUCUGUAAAAAUAUGUGAAGAAAUGAGAAACCAAUAUGCUAGCCUUUGUCUUCUUUUUGCAUUUCUUCUUCCUGCACUAUGUUUGGCUCACUCAAAAAAAUGUGUUCUUUUCAAUUUUGGGGAUUCAAACACUGACCCAGGAGCUCUAAUGACUGCUCUUGGCCUCUAUCUAGGUCCUCCGUCUGGUCAACAGUUCUUCCACAGGCCCACUGGUCGCUUCUGCAAUGGUCGACUCUACAUUGAUUUCAUUUCUCAAAGAUUGAAGUUAGGCCUUCUGAGUGCAUACCUAGAAUCUUCAGGCUCAGACUUCACUCAUGGUGUAAACUUUGCUGUAUCUGGUGCUUCAACUGAAGUUAGUCUAUACAUUCCCUUCUCACUAUCCACUCAGGCAGGCCAAUUCGGUCACUUUCAGAAUCGCACAAGAGAACUCAGGAGAAGAGGUAAGGGAUCCAUGAUCAGUGAAAAGGAGUUCCGAAAUGCUGUAUAUUCAAUAGACAUUGGGCAGAACGAUAUUAAUCUUGCUCUUGUGGCCAACUCAAGUUAUCAACUUGUUGUUGACAAGAUUCCUAUCAUCCUCGAGAGGAUCGAUAAUUCUACCAAGGCGUUGUACAAGCUUGGCGCCAGAAAGUUCUGGAUAUACAAUACAGGGCCGCUUGGCUGCUUGCCUCAAACACUAGCAUUGCGAAAGAAGAAUGACAGUGAACUUGAUGAUUUAGGAUGCUUAGCACUUUAUAAUAAUGCUGCUAAAGCUUUCAAUCAAGGGUUGAGUAAACUUUGUGAUAAAAUGAGAUCUGAACUCAAGGAUGCUUCAAUUGUGCAUAUUGAUAUGUAUGCAAUCAAAUAUGAACUCUUUGCCAAUCCAGGAGAUUAUGGCUUUGAGAACCCAUUAAUGGCUUGUUGUGGCUCCGGAGGACCUCCUUACAAUUAUGUAGACAAAAAGACUUGCGGUGAGCCUACAGCAUCCGCUUGUUCUGAUCCAUCUCGUUCUGUGAGCUGGGAUGGAGUUCAUUACACCGAGGCUGCCAAUGCUGUCGUUGCAUCCAAGAUUAUGUCUGGCGAGUACUCGAAACCAUCUGUUACGCUGCAAAGUUUCUGCCAUGAAGAGCUACUUUAGAAGCUGGAGCUGUUUGAUUACUGCAGAUCUGCACAAUACUUGUGGACUUCUAUUACUUCAUUAAACAAGUUGCAUGUUAUAUUAUCCAAUGUACAUUACUAUUCACUAUUCAGUACAUGAUUAGUAGCUAUUUUAUACCUUAGAAUUAGAAUUAUGUCUACAAUACCAAAUUGGAGUUGUAUUAUCACUGCAUAUACUUUCAUCUUUUGUUUUCUUUAAAAAUUCCAAUCACACAUUUCUUUCAAUAUAUCCUUAUGUAUUUAAUCUUAAUGUUCUACUACUAGAAAUGUUCAA